AUGGCUGCCCUUUUUCUUCCACAGAGCCUUGUUGUGAACAACAAGGACAAUGAUGAGCUGGAGCUGGAACGGGAACUCACCCGAACAUUAGAGAACAAAGUAAUGCUCCUCUAUUUUGGCUCUGGUGAAUGUCCUCGAUGCCAAGAGUUUGCGCCCAUCCUGAAAGAAUUUUUUGUGAAACUGACAGACGAGUUUUAUAUGGAGCGAGCAGCUCAACUAGUUCUCAUCUAUGUGUCGCUGGACAACACAGAGGAGAAGCAAGAUAAGUUUCUGAAGAAAAUGCCAAAGCGAUGGCUGUUUUUACCUUUCCAGGAUGAGUUCAAAAAGGAGCUGACAUUAAGAUUUUCAGUGACCCAUCCCCCUGCGGUGGUAGUUUUGAAACCAAAUGGUGAAGUCAUUGCCCACAAUGCUGUGGAAGAAAUCAAAGAGCAAGGCACAGAUUGCUUCAAGAACUGGCAAGAGGCAGCUGAUUUAGUGGACAGGAACUUCCUUUUAUCUCAGGACUCUGAGGACAUGACCCUGAAAAGUAUCACUGAUCCCAUUCGGAGGUUCAAGUACAAACUGGUUAAGAACAAAAGAAGAAGCAAAGAUGGUGAUAAAGGUGAAGUCUCCUGA